AUGCUCGCUGUCAGAUCCGAUGGGAUAGCGGCUCUAUUACUGCCAUCCUCCUUGUUCACUGAUGCUGAUGCUGUGACCGUCUCCUGUUUAGAGCUGCGUAUGAGAAUCACUGAAGUCAGCACUCCUUUCCCCACCACCGAAGUUUCCACGAAUCCUUCCAAGUCCCAAGCAGUCAUCACACCGUUUGUAGAAAGCAAGCAAGCUCCCUACGCUGUGCUACCGCGCUUGACCGCCACGGCUUGCUCGAUAUUGGGCUUCAAUAUAACCGUCGCAUCGAGCAAUGGCAGACGAUCUCUAUGCAUCUGUACGAAGGAGGGUUGA